AGAGAGAGAGAGAGAGAAAGCAGGAAGGCAGAGCUUCUUCUCCUCAUCCUCUCGCCACCACCAUCAAACCCCCCUUCUCCCACAUCUCAGAUCCCAUCCAUCCAUCCAUCCCUACCGAUGCCGCCACCCCGAUCGACCCCGCUGCAACGCUGAACCUCCACCUACGACUACGUCGACGCCAUGCCCGCCAUGGUCGCAGACGCGCCGCCCUCCCCCUCCUCGUCGGCGAUCUGGUCGCGCCACCGCGACGAGAUCACUUUCGACCGCCUCCGGAAGUUUUGGAGUGCCCUGUCUCUUCAAGGACGCCAUGCGCUCCUUAGGAUAGAUAAGCAGACCCUCAUCGAGCAUGCUCGUAAGAAUCUGUACUGUUCAAGGUGCAAUGGGCUGCUCUUAGAAAGUUUCACACAAAUUGUGAUGUAUGGGAAGUCAAUGCAUCAAGAAGGUUCAAGUGAACAAAGGAGUCUUGAGAUUGAACCACAUGAUGUUCAGGACCCAUCAGUUCAUCCUUGGGGAGGCCUUUCAACAACAAAGGAUGGCAUCCUAACUCUUCUCGACUGCUUUAUAAACGCAAAGUCUCUUCAUGUACUCCAGAAUGUAUUUGACAAUGCACGAUCGAGGGAGCGUGAUCGGGAAAUGCUUUAUCCUGAUGCAUGCGGUGGAGGAGGAAGAGGAUGGAUUAGCCCAGCUAUAGCUAAUUAUGGCAGAGGGCAUGGAACACGAGACACAUGUGCUUUGCACACUGCCCGACUUUCGUGCGACACUUUGGUGGAUUUCUGGUCUGCAUUGGGAGAUGAAGCUAGAUCAUCUCUUCUACGGUUGAAGGAAGAGGAUUUCACUGAAAGACUUAUGCAUAGGUUCGACAACAAGAGGUUUUGCAGGGACUGCAGAAAGAAUGUUAUUCGUGAAUUUAAAGAGCUAAAGGAUCUGAAACGCCUACGUAGGGAACCUCGCUGCACUAGUUGGUUCUGUGUUGCAGACACAGCUUUUCACUGUGAGGUGUUUGAGGAUUCAGUUCUAGUUGAUUGGCACCAAGAUUUCUUGGAGCAAGAUGGAGCUUAUCAUCAUUUUGAAUUGGGUAUUGGAACAGAUGAAGGAAAAGCUGAUAUUCUAGAAUUUGAAGACGUGGGAAUGAAUGGCCAAGUCCACAAGAAAGGCCUCGAUCUUGAUCAGUAUGAAGACUAUUUUGUCACCUUGAGAGCAUGGAGGCUGGAUGGCCGCUGCACGGAAUUCUGCGUGAAGGCCCAUGCCUUGAAGGGCCAAUCAUGUGUUCACCGCAGACUAAUUGUGGGGGAUGGGUUUGUGACGAUUACCAAAGGUGAAAGUGUUAGAAGCUUCUUUGAGCAUGCUGAAGAAGCAGAGGAGGAUGAUGAAGACGAUGCAAUGGACAGGGAUGGGAAUGAUCCAGAUGGCGAUGGCCUUCAUCCACAGAAGCAUGCUAAGAGCCCUGAGCUUGCAAGAGAAUUUCUCUUGGAUGCUGCUACAGUGAUUUUCAAAGAACAGGUUGAAAAGGCUUUCAGAGAAGGGACAGCCCGGCAAAAUGCACACAGUGUAUUUGUGUCUCUUGCAUUGAAACUAUUGGAAGAGCGGGUUCAUGUUGCUUGCAAAGAAAUAAUUACAUUGGAAAAGCAGACCAAGCUUCUUGAAGAAGAAGAGAAAGAGAAGCGUGAAGAAGAAGAACGCAGAGAGAGGAGGAGAGCAAAAGAUAGAGAAAAGAAGCUUAGAAGAAAAGAAAGAUUGAAAGAAAAGGGAAGAGAUAAGGAAGAAACUCCAGUUUCAAAAUUUUGUGAUAUCUUGCUGUCACCUCUAAGCAAGUCGAUCACACCAGGUAGUUGUCAAUCACCUGAUAUGCUCGACUCCAGAUACUCAGCUAGUGAAGAGGAAGAUAAUAUUCUUGCUACAGAACAUUCCUCUCCUGAAACCUCUGCUGAUCAAUGCUUAAGCACUGAGUCUGAUGAACAAAGCAAUGAGCAAUGUGGUAAAACAGCAGAAUUCGUUCCCACAGAUUGCAAUGACUCUUUCAUAUGCGAGCAGUCUAAAUCAAGAAGAAAAAUGAAAUUCAGAAGGGACUCCUUCCACGAACAGGCAAACAAUUGUUGGUAUGAAGACCGCCAAGAUGGCUCUGGGGACAUGGGUGACAUUCACUGCCAAUCAAGGGAGCGAAUAAGGAGUACUGCUAGAAGCUGCAACCCCUCGUUCAGUACAAAUAGCCGGACAAGAGAUAGAUACGAGUACAACUCCUGUAGUUGCGGCCAUCAGGAAGAUUACAGAUAUUAUCCCUCAACAGCUAGAUCAGUUAGGGAGAUGAAGAUGCCUAGGAAAACAUUGCUUGAAAAGCCCAGGUUGCAGUACCGCAGGUGCUAUCCAUUGGAUAGUUUCGUAGUGCCAAAAGGAAGCCGGGGCUGUAGUACACCAAGCAAGAAUGCAAGUCCAAAGCAAGUAUGGGAACCAAUGGAUGCAAAAAAGAAAGCUGGCUUAGGUAAUGCAAAUGACGAUCUUGAAACAGUUGAUAAUGCUGAUCAAUCUGAUCAGUUGAAGUGUUCUAAGGAUAUCAAUACAUGCCAGAAGCUUGACAUAGAACCACCUGCUGAGGUUUGUCCUGAUAAGUCUGAGGAACCUUGUAAGUUGGACACAGAUGAUCCAUGCAAUAAAGGAGACAUAGCUCAAGCUGCUUACUGUGAUGCACCUAUUGUGGCGAACAAGCAAGAUUCCUGCUUGACAAAUGAUGCUGGUCAAAUGGAGAAGUUAACCAGUUCAGAUAGUUCGUCAUGUCUAAGUGAGGGAGACAUAGACAGCAGCAUCAGCAGCUUGACCUCAUUGAGUGCUCAGAACCCAGAAUCCUCUUCUACUUCUGAUUCAGAAGAAUCUUCGGAAAGGAACAAUGGCAGCCCAAGCGAUCCGCCAGCAAAGAGUGCUUCCCGUUCAUUACUGGAGAUGUGUGCAGGAAAUGGUUUCAGAGAAUACCAACCGAAAAGCAUACAAUCUCCUGGACCCAACCAAUUUGGGUUUGGUAUGGCUCCUUUCCAGGACCAUGUGUUGCAUCACCACAAGGUACAUGCACCGCCGUACUCAUCAACCUUUGUUGGGUUCCACAGCCAUCCGUUGUCAGUUCCAACGAGCGGAUACCUACCAUAUUCUCAGCCAGGCAACUUCUACCCCAGCCCAGUCGGAUAUGGUGUUACUGGGAACCAGUGUGUCGACUUCUCAAUGCAGUACAGCAAUGUACAUCCUUAUUCAGGUCCUCCUGAAUAUGGGUAUGUACCUGCACAGCCAGUCAAUAAGCCUAUUUUGACCUUCUGUGCCAUGCCACCACCGCUAUCUAUAAAUGGAGCACAACUGGUCAUGACUCCAGACAUGCGGCACCGUACCUCAACUCCUGAAUCGGAGUUUGUUGCAGCCCAAAAUGGCUGUUCCGAGCACAAUAGCAAACUGGGAGAUGACAGCACGCCCUUCUCAUUGUUUGAAUUUAACCUGCCAAUAGGCCCUCCUGCCUCGGUGCUGUCCAAAGAUGAGCGGAGUGGACGAGCAACUGCAAUGAAACCACCAACGGGUCAAUCUCAGCCUUGCUCGAGGGAGGAGACAGAUGUCAAGGAAUACAACCUGUUCGCCGGAACCACAAACACCAUACACAUACCUUCGUUCACCUAGACAGACAGCAAACAAAGCAGCUAUUAUUUAUCACAGCAUAAUACUUAGCGAGUGAUUUGUAUUCCCCACAAACAGAAUAAUACCUCGAGGGUUUUUACAGCAGUCCCCUCGAAUAUUUAUUUCUUCUCUUUUCAUUUGAUUUGCUCCCCAUGUGUGUAUGAAAAUUGGAAAAGAUCGUUGAGUGGUAUAGAAUCUACAUUUUUUU